AUGAAGGCAGAGGAGGAGGCGCUGAAGGCAGAGGAGGAGGAGUUGAAGACAGAGGGGGAGGAGAUGAAGACAUCGGAGGAGGAGAUGAAGAAGACAGAGGAGAUGAAGUCAGAGGAGGAGGAGAUGAAGGCAGAGGAGGAGGAGAUGAAGGCUAAGGAGGAGGCGCUGAAGGCAGAGGACGAGGAGUUGAAGACAGAGGAGGAGGCGCUGAAGGUAGAGGACGAGGAGCUGAAGGCAGAGGAGGAGGAGCUGAAGGCAGAGGAGGAGGAGAUGAAGGCAGAGGACGAGGAGCUGGAGGCAGAGGAGGAGGAGAUGAAGACAGAGGAGGAGGAGAUGAAGGCAGAGGACGAGGAGCUGGAGGAGGAGAUGAAGGCUGAGGAGGAGGCGCUGAAGGCAGAGGACGAGGAGUUGAAGGCAGAGGACGAGGCGCUGAAGGCAGAGGACGAGGAGCUGAAGGCAGAGGAGGAGGAGAUGAAGGCAGAGGACGAGGAGCUGGAGGCAGAGGAGAAGAUGAAGGCAGAGGAGGAGGAGCUGAAGGCAGAGGACGAGGAGGAGUUGAAGGAGGAGUUGAAGGCAGAGGAGGAGUUGAAGGCAGAGGACGAGGAGCUGGAGGCAGAGGAAGUGGAGAUAACGGCAUAGGAGGAGGAGGUGAAGACAGAGGAGGAGGCGCUGAAGGCAGAGGACGAGGAGCUGGAGGCAGAGGAGGAGGAGAUGAAGGCAGAGGAGGAGGAGAUGAAGGCUGAGGAGGAGGAGCUGAAAGCAGAGGAGGAGGAGGAGCCGAAGACAGAGGAGGAGGAGAUGAAGACAGAG